UGACACGUUUAUAGACAAAGCACAAUACAGAAUAUCAAUAUCAAUCCGUAUCUGAAAUUUCCAAUCCACUAACUUAUCCACUUUGACACCUACUACGGAAGCUACAGUUCCUUAUUUCGACCACAGUAGAAAUCGAUUGGAACACAUGACCAUAAUAUUGUGUGACAGGUGACAGUUUAUUGCCAACAAAUCGAUGGACACGUGCCAAUCUGCUCCAAUUCAUUCGUUCCUGUUCUCACUUCACUACACUCAUGUAUAUAAAUACACACAUAUUACGUUGAACAGUCGUCAUAAUUGUACACCAGCAAUGAACGCAAUCAAGGUACUCUUCAUUUGCAUGUGUUUAUACACGAUACUAAACGAGAUCGAGGCUGACACAAAAGAUGAUGCCACUACACCAAAAAGUGUAGCAUCAAAUAAAAUUUCCAAACCAAGUGGAAAGUUGCAGAAACCAGGGAGACGAUUAGGACAGGGUAGGAAGACGUCGUCGACAAACGGAUCAGCAGUAGCGACCAAAGUUGAGAAGCCGCAAGCUGAUCAGGGUGGAAUCAUACUGGACCUGAUUGCUUCACUGCUUUAGAAUGUAUGAUGAAGGAACAAUCGAUGUGUUAUUUCUAGUUUUCUAUUAAUAAAUAUAUCAUUGUUCUAUGA